AAUUCUAAUUUUCACUCUGAUUUUUGCUUUUUGGGCACAUAACUGCUUUUGGGUUUGAUCCAAGUUUUGUUUUUGGGCUAAUUGCUCAAAUAAAAAUUGCAACUUUCUAAAAACGAUUUUUGCAGCUGGGUGAUCUAUCCCUUCCUUGAAAUUUGCCUCCUUUGCUGUAAAUUUGAUUGCUUUCUGCAUCUCCACGCACACACUCGCCCACUGUGUCUCUCAUUGGGUUUUGAACAGUGUCUUUUGGCUUUCACCUUCACCUUUCAACUAUUGCUAUUAUCUUUUUGGAUAGUGGAUGCUCUUUUUCUUUGAUUGUUUUGGAGUUUGAGCUGGUUUUCCCUCUUCAAUUUUUAGUUCUGUCUGCUGUGGUUUCACCAAUAUUGUUCUCCUCACAUUUUCCUCAGAUCAGAUGCAAUUUUUGUUUUCUAGUGUGUCCAGAUGAAAAUUGAUGUUGACAUUUCAUAGUUUUGAUAGUUAUCAUCUCCACCGCUUCUUUAGAUAUAGAGCUUCAGCGCAGUAUUUCCAUAAAGUGAAAGCCAAGUUCAGAUAGAUUUGGGAUAAUGGGGGCCUCAAGCUCCAAAAUGGAAGAUGAUAAGGCAUUGCAACUAUGUCGUGAGAGGAAGAAGUUUGUGAGGCAAGCACUUGAUGGACGUUGCUCACUAGCAGCUGCUCAUGUUUCUUAUAUUCAAUCACUGAAAAACAUAGGAACAGCUCUUAGAAAAUUCACAGAACCUGAGGGACCAAUUGAGCCUUCUUUGUACACCAGCACUAAUGCAACACAAGAGCAACCACUUGCUUUAACUGAAAGGACCCUCUCAUUCUCUUCACCAUCUGUGUCACAUCACAUAGAUGAAACCUUCUCUCCAACUCCCUCUCCUCCUAGCUCUUCUAGUAAGUUCAGAGCAAAUCAUAUGAAACUUAGUAGUAUUUCUUCUAAGAAAAUUGAAGAAAAACCACCUGUACCUGUUUUAGGAAUAGUAACAUCAUCAGGUACUACUACUACUACUGCACAGAAUGCCAGUGUAAUGUCUGAAACAGCAGCAUUUGGAGAUUCUUCUCUUCCUGCUGGAACUCCACAGUGGGAUUUCUUUGGUCUCUUUCACCCCAUUGACCAUCAAUUCUCUUUUCAAGAUGGGAAGGGUAUGCAUCAAGAUAUUGGUAAUGUUGAUGAUAUACAAAGACUAAGGGACGAGGAAGGAAUUCCUGAGUUAGAAGAUGAUGAAGAGAAGGCUUCAUCUCAUGGAAGGGAACACUCUAGGGACUCUGAAGAUGAAUUUGAUGAAGAGCCUACUGCAGAAACUCUAGUCCAAAGAUUUGAAAACCUAAAUAGAUCUAACAGUCACAUUCAAGCAAAUGUUGUACCUGCCCCAACUAAGCCUGUGAAAGGACAUUCAGCUUCUGAAGUUGAAUUAGUGAAUGGAGAAAAGGGGAACUCUGCUAAUUUGCCUCCAUUAAAAACAGCAACUAUGGCAGCUUUGCCUCCACCUGAAACAAAUAAACCAAGGGUGAAGGGAAGUCAUAGUGAAAACAAAGUCACCCCUAAGAAUUUCUUUUUAAGCGUGAGAGAUAUUGAACUGCUCUUUAUUAAAGCUUCAGAAUCAGGCAAAGAGGUUCCAAGGAUGCUUGAAGCAAACAAGUUUCACUUUCGUCCGAUAUUCCCAGGAAAAGAAAAUGGUUCAUUGGUAUCCUCCUUUUUGAAGUCAUGUUUCUCAUGUGGGGAAGACCCAAGCCAAGUCCCAGAAGAACCUGCUCAAAAUUCGGUUAAAUACUUAACUUGGCAUAGAACUGCAUCAUCUCGAUCCUCUUCAUCCAGAAACCCUUUAGGAGCAAGCUCAAUAGACAAUGCUGAGGACCAUACAAAUAAUCUCUUUGAUAAUACUUGUAUGAUCGCUGGAAGUCAUGCAUCAACCUUGGAUAGGCUAUAUGCUUGGGAAAGGAAACUUUAUGAUGAGGUGAAGGCUAGUGAGAUUGUAAGAAAGGAGUACGACAUGAAGUGUAAAAUCUUAAGGCAACUGGAAUCAAAAGGAGAAAAGACCUCCACAGUUGAUAAAACACGUGCUACAGUCAAGGAUCUGCACUCAAGAAUCAGAGUUGCAAUUCAUAGGAUAGACUCUAUAUCAACGAGGAUUGAAGAGUUGCGGGACAAAGAGCUUCAGCCACAACUUGAAGAGUUGAUUGAAGGAUUGAAUCGGAUGUGGGAAGUGAUGCACGAAUGCCACAAACUUCAGUUUCAGAUCAUGUCAGCAGCAUAUAACAACAGCCAUGCUAGAAUCACCAUGCAUUCUGAAUUACGAAGACAGAUUACCUCCUAUCUUGAAAAUGAACUUCAAUAUCUGUCAUCAAGCUUUACCAAAUGGAUUGGCGCUCAGAAAUUCUAUCUGGAGGCUAUAAAUGGAUGGCUUCACAAAUGUGUUCCUCUCCAACAAAAAUCAUCCAAAAGAAACAGGAGGCCUCAACCUGAUCUCCUUAGACGUUUAGGCCCUCCAAUAUAUGCCACCUGUGAGGUCUGGUUGAAUAAACUUGCUAACUUACCUGCAAAGGAUGUUGCGGAUUCGAUUAAGAGUUUGGCCGCGGAUACUGCCCAGUUCUUACCACACCAAGACAAGAACCAAGGAAAAGGUGCCCAUCCUCAUAUGUCAACAUGGAAGGCUGAUAUUGGUGGUGAAUCAGCAGAUGGUUUAUUGAGAGAUGACAUAUCAGAGGACUGGGUUACAGGUCUUGAUCGAUUUCGAGCAAGCUUGAUUCGAUUUCUUGGUCAAUUAAAUAGUUUGUCUGGCUGUUCUGUCAAAAUGUACACAGAACUUAGACAAGACAUUCAGGAUGCCAAGAGUAAGUACCAGCGAUUAAAUUCUCAGUCUCAAAAUGGACAUUUGAAUUCUCAGUCUCGAGAUGGUAAUCAGAAUUCUGAGUCUCAAGGUUGAUCCAUCAAAGUCACAAUCUCAAGAGGUUUGGGCUGAAAAUAAACAUCCACACAACAACAGAAUUACGAUGAAACAUUGUGGAAUUCCAGAAUUAUAGUUUUGUGUUGAAGCAUACAAGUCCACAGGAUGGAGCAUUUGUACAUGAUAGGAUGUAAUAAAGUCAUUACGGAUUGCCACGCUUAUUUGUUAAUUUAGAUUCUGAUGGGAUAAACUUCUUCAGAAACACUUUUGGGAGAGAAAAAUAAGAAGAAAAAAAGAGAUAAGUUUUUUCAUAUGUUAAAAUUAGCUUAAGUAGAAGUUAUUUCUUAUUAGAUUUUCCAAAAUCUUGUUUUUAACAUAUAUAAAACUAGUUUUAGUUUAUGAAAAAACUUAUUUUAAUUUUUCUUCUAAUUUUUUUUCUAUUAGAAAUAUUUCUGGAUAAACUUAUCCAAAUACAUCUUUAGGACCUAUUUGGCUAAGCUUCUCUAGAAGUACUUCUAGGAGAGAAAAAUAAAAAAAGAAAAUCGAAAUAAGUUUUUUCACAAGUUUAAACUAGUUUAUAUAUGAGUUAAAAAUAAAAUUUUAAAAAAACUAAUAAAAGAGAGCUUCUACAAAUUAACUUAUGGAUAAAAGUUAAUUUUAGUUUAUAGAAAAAUUUAUUUCAUUUUUUUUCUUAUUUUUUCUCUCCUAAAAGUACUUAUGAAGAAGAUAUCCAACCAGACUCAUAGUUCUUUAAAGAAUAGAAUAGAAGGGAGCUUGCUCUGGAGAGAUUAUGAAUGGGUGAUUAAGGAUUCAGUAAGAGGUGUAAGUACUAGGUUCUGUGGUGAAGAUUUGGGUGCAAAUUUUUGCUAAUAAAGGGUUUCUAGCAGGACUUGUACUCUCCUCCUGGUUUUCCUUUGUGUCAUUUUUUCAUUUAUGUUAUGUGUAUAUAAUUAUUGUUUAAUAUACUUAUUUGAAUUUUGGUCAAGAGGAAACUUUGGUAUUUAACCGAAACGAAUGAAGUUGCAUGA